GUAGCAGCUAAGUAAUUCCAUGUGGGACGCAACUAACUUCGGAGGCCAGAAUACAGUCGAGUUAAGGUUUUUUAAAAGACAAUUAUAAGCUUAGAAAUAAAGAAUCAUACUGCUUAAAAUCAUUUUUAUUUUUAAGUAAAUUAUGUGUAUAUUUUAAACUGAGCACGGAAGCUGGCUAACAUGCAUUCGAGUUGCCAGGGUAUCGACUAGCUGCAAACCUGUGACAUGUGAACCGCUAUAGCUCACUGCAGUUGAGUAAAUGCAAAUUAAUUAGUCGAAACCCCCAAUUAACCAACUAUAUUUCUGGCCAUUUAUCCGUCGAAGUUUGUUUGAAUAACCGUAAAUACCGCGUCACAACGUCGCACUCUAAUGUCCAAACACGGCCACCGUAGCUCCACAGACAAGUCUUGGGCAGAAAUGAUAUCCACAUUCUCCGCCUGACAGUCAACGCUGAGGACAUCAAAACCAACCAUUUAUUUCAGAUACGACCAACGCCGGCCACCGUAGAGACCAUUAUUCAACAAGAACACUAAACAUGAACUAAAACUGCUUUAAAGUGGAGUAAAGAACAAGCCGAACCGCGUUGCAAGCAACGCGUGAAGGGUUCAUUAUGAAAAAGGCGACAGGAGUCAUGACAGGUGAGGCAUCACAGGUUCGACAGGCGGUGAUGGAGUCUCUGUGGGGCAUGUGUGCGGCUGAUUCUCUGUCCAUGCCUGUCCACUGGUACUACAACAUCCAGGACAUCAGUAAGGACUUCAAAGGUUGGAUAGCCGGAUUUCACUCACCAAGAGAGAGACACCCGUCCAGUAUCCUCACUCUGUCCAACACUGCUGGUAGUGGUCGGAGCUCCUCUUCUUCUGGUACGAAGGAUGAUGAUGUGGUCGGUGACAUCAUCCUGCAUGAUAAGCUGAAACUGUGGAAGUCCUCCAACGGCUCAGUCCACUAUCACCAAGGGCUCCAGGCCGGUAACAACACCCUGAACAUCCUCUGUGCCCUCAGAGCAGCUCAAACUCUGGCCUGCAGUGGUUUCACUGACGCUGCUCAUCCAGAGGCUCGAGCUGCCGUACUGUCAGACUAUGUCCAGUUCCUGACCACGCCUGGAAACCACAACGACACCUAUGCCGAGUCCUUCCACCGUUCGUUUUUUGCUGACUGGAGGGAGAGCAGACCUAACCUGCCCAGUGAAGUUCUGCUAUUUGCAGAAAAACGUGCAAAACUGAAGCUGAGCUCCUCGCAACCUGACAGCCAGCUUGAUGCCAUCGGCUGCAUGCCCAUGGCCCUCCCCUUUAUUUUGUUCUCAACUUCAGUCAGUGAAGAGCAGGCUGUCACUGCUGCGGUGGAGUUUGUCAAGCUCACCCAUCCUAAUCCAAAUGUGCUCAAGUACAUGUCCUUAUAUGGUAAAGCCCUGUAUGCCGUGCUGAGAGGCGCUAGUGUGCGCCAGCAGGCAGAACACGCUCUCAGGAACCUAGAUGUCUGGGACGUCUGUCAGGAAUACAGUCACAAAGCUGAAGGGUUUCCUUCAUCAUCAGAGGAAAGGCUGAAAGUGCAUCAGAGCGCUGUGAACCAUCUAGGUUUGGCAUGCUACACUAAAGGUGCUCUCUGCAGUCUCUUCUACCUUGCUCAUGAGUUUCAUGAUGACCCUAAAGAAGGGAUUCUCACCAAUGCUAACUGUGGAGGUGAGAACUGUAACCGUGGUGCAGCACUUGGGGCGCUGCUAGGGGCUGGCGGCUCAUAUUCGGGUGUGUUUAUCCCAGACGACUGGAAGAAGGAGUUGAGAGACGCUCAGGACGCUAUCCCACUAAUUCUGAAGAACCUGCACUGAGAGAGAGCAGUCGACGACUGUCCAAUAUUACAAGAAUCUGUCUUAAUGUUUCAAUCAAACCUAUUCCAUAUAUUUUAGUUUUUCAUUUUAGCUUUUGUAGUUUAAUCUUUAUGUAUUUAAUAACCUUAAAUUAUAAAUAAUAUAUCUUGAUCUCUUUAUAUUAAAUAAAAUGUUGACACAAAAA